CAUGAAAUUAGACUAAGUCUCUUUCUCUCACACAAAAACACACACUGAGAUGCAUGGAUGUCUCAUUGGUUUCAUGGCAAAAUUUGCGUGCUAAGCAUAAUUGCAAUCUCCUCAUUACAAGGCUUUGUUCAUCUUUUGUUGUACUCAUCAACAUGGUCCACUUUUCUUCCAUCACACAAUAUAAUGCUCAUCAGAUUCUCUUAAUCACUCCAGAUUCAUGAUUCAUUCACUCCCAAUUACCUACUUAGAACCAUUUUUAUAUGUAUAAAUCCAUCUAGAGAGAGAAGGCAUUUGACAUUUGAGUUUGUUCUUUUCAUCGAUCUCAUGCAAAUCUUCAUCAAAAUCAGAUAAUUGGAAUUUGUGAGGAGAUUUAAUUCAAGCUCAUUGACUCAUUGCAUUGCAUCCUCCAUUUACAAGGUAUGGAUUUCAUGGAAACGAAACGACGAACCAACUUAACUAGGCAGCUUCUCGUGGUGGCCGGAGUCACUGCACUUGUCAUUCUCAUCAUCAAUUGGUCUAAUAGCACUUCAACCUCUCUCAAGUUCUCUCAGCACGAGCCUGGAGUCACACACGUGCUAGUGACCGGAGGGGCAGGCUACAUAGGCUCCCACGCAGCUCUUCGCCUCUUAAAAGACUCAUACCGCGUGACUAUAGUGGAUAACCUCUCCCGUGGCAACCUUGGCGCCGUUAAGGUCCUCCAGUCGCUCUACCCCGAGCCCGGGCGUCUCCAGUUCAUCUAUGCCGAUUUAGGAGAUGCAUCUGUGGUGGACAAAAUAUUCAGAGAGAAUGCAUUUGAUGCUGUGAUGCAUUUUGCUGCUGUGGCCUAUGUUGGCGAAAGCACGGCCGAGCCUCUGAGGUACUAUCACAACAUCACCUCGAAUACCCUCGUGGUGGUGAAGGCUAUGGCGGCCCACGGAGUCAAGACUCUGAUCUAUUCGAGCACUUGCGCGACGUAUGGCGAGCCCGAGAAGAUGCCUAUUACGGAGGUUACUCCGCAGGUGCCUAUAAAUCCGUAUGGGAAGGCCAAGAAGAUGGCGGAGGACAUGAUUUUGGACUACUCGAAGACCUCGGACAUGGCUGUGAUGAUCUUGAGGUACUUCAACGUGAUCGGGUCCGACCCCGAGGGGAGGCUCGGGGAGGCCCCUCGUCCCGAGCUGCGCGAGCAAGGGAGGAUCUCGGGCGCUUGCUUUGAUGCGGCUCGAGGCAUAAUCCCCGGCCUAAAGAUCAGAGGAACUGACUACAACACUGCGGAUGGAACUUGUGUGAGGGACUACAUAGAUGUCACGGACCUAAUAGACGCACACGUCAAGGCUCUAGCACAUGCCAAGCCCAAGAAAGUCGGAAUCUACAACGUUGGCACGGGAAAAGGUAGCUCGGUGAACGAGUUUGUGGCGGCCUGCAAGAGGGCGACGGGUGUGAACAUCAAGGUGGAAUAUCUUAGCCGGAGGCCCGGGGACUACGCGGAGGUGUACAGCGAUCCUUCGAAGAUUUGGAACGAGCUGGGAUGGAAGGCCAAGUACACGAAUCUUGAAGAGAGUUUGUCGAAUUAA